AUGCAGGCAAUCUAUAAGAUGGUUUCUUCUGUAAUGAAGAUGCCAGAAGAUGAGUCAACACCAGAGAAGAGGACAGAGAAGAUCUUCCGUCAGAUGGACACCAACCGCGAUGGAAAGCUCUCUCUGGAAGAGUUCAUCCGAGGCGCUAAGAGUGAUCCGUCCAUAGUCCGUCUCCUGCAGUGUGAUCCCAGCAGCGCCGGGCAGUUCUGAACCCGUCCUUUGGAUGAAUUAUGUAUCUGCUUUUUUUUUUUUUUCACCUUGCCAAACAACAUUCAUGGUAGUGUUGCCUCUGUAUGGCCAAUUAUGCCUUCAUUUGUGGCAUCUUAUAGCUUCUUUUGUUGUGGAUUAAUUAUAAGAAUGCUGAAUUGAAUUGCUCUUAACAAUUUGUCCAGAGCACGGGCAGUAUUGUUUUAAACAAAUAUUGUGGUGUUAUCAUUG